CGCGCCCCGGGGAGAACCCGAGCAAGAUGGAGGCCGCGCAGAGGCCGCCGCCUGGGCCGAGGCAGCCGCUGCUGGGAGCGCCGAGCCGCGGCGCCUAGGCCGUGCCAGUCCAGGAUCCGCUGCCCCUGACCGUGCCCAGCUCCCGCCCGGCAGCAGCCCGGCGCUCCGUCCCGGGCCGGCGGCCCCAGCCAGCCGCCGCCGCCGCCGGCCCCGCCCCCGGGCACCAUGCUGCCCUCGCAGGAAGCCUCCAAGCUCUACCACGAGCACUACAUGCGGAACUCACGGGCCAUCGGCGUGCUGUGGGCCAUCUUCACCAUCUGCUUCGCCAUCAUCAACGUGGUGGUCUUCAUCCAGCCCUACUGGGUGGGCGACAGCGUGAGCACUCCCAAGCCUGGCUACUUCGGCCUCUUCCACUACUGCGUGGGCAGCGGGCUGGCGGGCCGCGAGCUCACCUGCCGGGGCUCCUUUACCGACUUCAGCACCAUCCCGUCCAGCGCCUUCAAGGCGGCCGCCUUCUUCGUGCUGCUCUCCAUGGUGCUGAUCCUUGGCUGCAUCACCUGCUUUGCGCUUUUCUUCUUCUGCAACACGGCUACGGUCUACAAGAUCUGCGCCUGGAUGCAGCUCUUGGCAGCUCUGUGCCUCGUCCUGGGCUGCAUGAUCUUCCCUGACGGCUGGGACGCCGAGACCAUCCGGGACAUGUGUGGGGCCAAGACGGGGAAGUACUCCCUGGGGGACUGUUCGGUACGCUGGGCUUACAUCCUGGCCAUCAUCGGCAUCCUCAACGCCCUCAUCCUCUCCUUCCUCGCCUUCGUGCUGGGCAACCGGCAAACAGACCUGCUGCAGGAGGAGCUCAAGCCGGAGAACAAAGAUUUUGUGGGCUCUACAGUAAGCUCCGUGUUGCGGCCCGGGGGUGAUGUCUCCGGAUGGGGAGUCCUUCCCUGCCCUGUGGCUCACUCACAGGGACCCUGAAGGCGGGGAAUCACAGCCCAGGAAUUGGCCUGACCUCAGCUUGUCCUGCCUCCUGCCCUCUCAUCACUCCAUUGAAGCUCUGAGGGAAGACCCUGAUCUCAGACUCACUCCUCACCAACUGCCCUGCGAGACCCAGGCUUUGAGGAGAGGAGAGCCUGGAUGUCCCCUGAGGGAGGGAAGAGUCCCUCCAGACCCUGGGAGGGUCUAAUUCUUGCUCCUCCCUCAAUUUGAGCUAAGGGAGUCUGCAUCCACCCAAUCCCUUGGGCUUCUCCUCUACUCUCUAGACUGGCCUGGAGGUCCCGCAGAUCCCCAAGGAGAGCAGAGCAGUAGUUCCAGCUCCCCAGGCCCCCUCAGUCUGGAGGGCUGCUGCCUGGCUGUAUCCACAUCUCCUCUGAUCCCUGCCUCCUCAGAAAAUUUAUUCUAGAUACUGCCCCAGGGUGGGCUGGACUCUUUCCUACUCUCUUUUUUUUUUUUUUUGCUGAUGUUGGUUCUACCACAUCUGCCACAAAGCUCCAGGUGCCACCAGUCUCCCCCAGGACCUCCUCUGCUCCAUUCCAGCCUGCUCUCAGCUCACCCUGAGGGAGAGCUGCACCGAGGGAUGGACGCACAGGGCCUUGCUGUCAGCUGCAGACUGGGGCCCUGAUCAGCCCAGAGUCUGAGAAAGGACCUUCAGGCUCUGGAGGCAGCGGGAGGGGCCCCAUGGCCUCGGCAGCUGGAGUUUAGAAGCUGCUCAGCCUGGGCCAUCCUGGCCUCCUCUUCCUCUCUGCUGGGACAUCUCACCAAUGACUCAGCCCUUGACCUUGGCCUGUUUUGCCCAGGCCUCCUCUCUGCUGGGAUGUCUCACCAAUGACUGGACCCUUGACCCUGGCCUGUUUUGUACAGCACAGACUUCUUGGCCCUAUUGUCAGGGUUGGGGGAUGUGGAGGGGCCCCAGAGGUGGGGAAUUAGGGGAUGCAUUACCCCUUCUGCCCCUUCUCAUGGCCUCCACACCCCAGGCAUCUACCAAGGGCAGAGACUGUCUUGUCUCUUUGAUACUUUUCUGCAUAACUUGAAGUUGCAGGUCAUCUCUGAACAGGGUACCCCUGUCCCCCCUCCCAGGCCUUGAUACCCUGUCCCAGCCUCUUCCUCCUCCUGGCCCACAUCUCGCCUUGCGGUAUGCCCAGGUCUACACCUAUGGGCAGUGCUUGGAGCCGAGGCAUGAGUGUAUGUGUAUGUGUGUGAGUGUGUGUGCCUGUGAGUGCGUGUGUGAGCAUGUGUUAGAGGGGCAGGUGAGAAGUUUCUCCCCCCUCUUCCCACUGUGGGGGCAUCUUCCUCCCCCUUGGCAGGGAGCAGGUGAGGGAGGGUCCUGGUGUUUUUUGAACCCCUCAUUCCCCUGUGAGUCUGGUGGCAGAGCCAUCUCGCCCGGGAUCCUCCCCACCCUGGGGCCUGGACAACUCCCCUUAGCACUCCUUGCUGGUGCAGACCGGGUUCGUCCAGCACCCCCUGGUUGAACAGGCCUGGGAGGUGUUUAUCCUCGCAGCCUGGGAGGCACCCUACAGGCUGCCAGGGAUGCCGCCUCUGCGGGCCUUGGCAGAGGGGUUGGGACCGCUUGAGUGCCAUGUGUUUGCCAACCUUGUGUUCAUUUCCAAAGGACUUGGACCUGAGAGUUAGGGUUUCUAAGAAAGAACCUAGAAGUCCCCUGCUGGUCUCCCCACUCUGGACCCUAGCCGGAAUCAGAUGCUGGGGCCUGGCGGGUUCCUGCCACUUGUAACUUACCAAGUCCUCACGCCACUCCUCCACUCACUCCUCCGGGGCAAAUGCCUCCCCACAGUGCUUUGAUCCCAGCUCUGGGCUCCUCAUCCCUGCCCGCGCCUUCCCUGCCAGCAUCUUCUCAUGCAGGCAGCCUGGAGUAGGGGCGCUGCGAGACAGCGGGUCCCAGUUAAAUGCGAGGGUGCUAGGAGCCCUGUGGGAGGGAAUGGAGGCAGGAGGGAGUUUCUCAAAGAAGCAAACCAAAGCCCAGCACUAGAAGGGGAGAGCAGAGUUGGGAGAGAGUGAGGGGUGCAGAGACAGGGCGAUGAGAGAAGAGUGGAGAAGGAGCAAGGGGGACGGAGGGCACAGAGUGCGAGGAGGAGAGAUCAAGAGAGACAGGUGCAGAGACAGAGAGGGAUGAGAGACCAGCUGAGAGGCUUCCUGAGAGCUUGGGGUGGGGGAGGGGAAAUGGAUGGAAAGGCGGAAAAAGGACUCAGGAGGGGGAAGAGGCAAAUGAAGAUGUGGGUUGGGGGCAAGAAUGGGAUGCAGGGGAAGGAGAGAGGGGGAUGGAGCCAGGAUGCGGGGGUAUGAGGAGGGGGCUCUGUCUGGGCACUGAGUGAGGGCCGAGAACACCUGCCACCGAGAACACCACUUAUUCCCCCGAGAACACCUGCCACCUGGUGUCCUGGCCAUACCUUGUUCCCCAAGGACACCCACCAAACCUGUGCCCUGGUUGGGGGAGGUUUAGAAAUGACCCCUCAGAGGUCAAGAGGCCGGAGGCCCGGGUCACAGGCAGCCAAAGCCCCAUCCUUUUGGGGAAGACUGGAGUGGAAAAAACCACUUCAGAGGGCAGAGGGGGUCCGGGUGACUUAGGAGUGGCCUAACAGGCGCAUGGAGAAGAGAGAGGCUAGUUCCCUGAUGGGGCAGCCUGACAACGUUCUCACGCCACUGCGCCUGGCCAGCUGCCGUUCUGGCAGAGCCAGCGGGGGAGGCACCAGGGAGUUUGGGGUCAGGAAGGCAGAGUUGUGUGGGCUGAUGUUUGCAGGAACCCUAAGGUGGUAGGCAAGGGGUGGAGGUCAGGGUGGGGACCAAACCAUAGACCAGGGCCCUGGGUCCUGUAGAGGUGUUGAUGGGGUGGGUGGCAGGUGCUCCAGCGGGGCUCUCCUGCAGUAAUGAAGACAUCAUGGGGAGGGGACUUCGUGGUUUACCUCUGCUCUCAUUGGGCGAUCUGGCUUUAGACUUGAGGAGGAGUCAAGCAGAGGAGAUCAGUGCCUGUUUCUCACCCCAGGAGGGCCUUAUUGGGCUCUAACCUAGAGCCUUCUGGCUUCAGGUCCCAAAAGAAGUCCCCCUCUAACUGUGACCGGAUCAGAGGUCUGCCUGCUUUUUUCUGCCUGAUCUGAGGACUCAGAAGAGGCCACGGCAUCUAGGGGUGUUUCAAUCCCUGGCCCACCGCGCUGGUCAGUUGAGUCCUUCUGGGCCUGGGGCUAGGAAAGCUUUGGUCUUUGGGGACCGGUACCCGUGGAGGAAAACUGCUUUCCUGAGGGGGUGAGGACCAAAGAAUCAAGAUCCUUUUCAGGCCUGCGAUAGCCAAGAUGAUGAGAACUUUUAGAUAAGGCUGUGGGGAGAGUCCCUGGCCUUUUGAACAUCCUGCUUGGGCACAGGGGGAACAACCCUUCUCCAGCUUCCAGUGUGAACUGAGAAAGGGAAGCCCUGUCUUUGGAGAAGCUGGGAUCUUCCCAGCAUGAGAAACUUCUGCAGGCCCCUGCCUGGCUCACGGCUAACCUUUGGGUAGGACUGGAGUUUCCUUAACAGGGAACAAGGGAGCCACAGUCCUGCAGAGCUCUGGGGGCCUGUGCUGUGUGCUGUUAGGAUAGCUUGGUGUUGUCUACACCCCAUCAGUAAGUUUUGUCUGAGUGUGUCCUCGCUGUUCAUUGUCUAAUCUGGUAACAUUUAUUUUGGUCCUGACCCCUUCUGCUGUUGCUGGGUUUGAGCUUCAGUGCAGGUGGAAUGACAUGCAAAUAAAGAAACACUUUCUAUCACCCA